AAUGGCAAAAUUAAUUUCAGCAGAGGAAUGUCUCAACAAUCUUCGAAACUAUAAACCAAAGAAUGAUUAUUUAGAUGUACCAUAUGUAAAAAGAGCUGCAGUACUUGUACCAUUAAUUAUUAAUGAUAAUGAAUUAGAAAUUUUACUUACAAUACGUUCAACAGGUUUAUCAAGUCAUGCCGGGGAAGUCGCAUUACCAGGAGGUAAAGUUGAUGAAAAUGAUGAAAGUAUAAUUGCUACCGCAUUUAGAGAGGCCGAAGAAGAAGUUGGAAUAAAACCCGAUGAUGCUGAAUAUUUAACCUAUUUUGAACCAUUCUUGUCAAAACAUAAGUUGCUAGUUACGCCGGUUGCAGCAUUAAUAACAAAUCCAUUUUAUAAACCUAUACCAAAUCCAUCAGAAGUUUCAGAAUGUUUUACUGUUCCACUGAGAGCAUUUAUAUCAAAAGAAUAUCAUUUAUCAUUUGAUAGUUUGUGGAAUAAUCGGUUAUAUAGGGUUCAUCAUUUUGUAUGGAAAAAUCAGAGUGUGAUGGGUUUUAGUGCUAGCAUUUGUGUUGAAGUAGCUAAAAUUGCUUUUAAUAUACAAAAUGUUGAUUGGGAGGAAAUAAUUGAAGGUCAACCUUCAAGAAAAGAAUAUAUUAAAUUUAUGUUAGAUGAUAUUUUGACACAAAAUAAAAGUAAAUUAUAAGUUAGAUUAAUUAUCUGUAUAAUAAGGUUAAUCGAACAUGUAUAAAUUAUUAAUAUGCUAAAUUUAAGUACUAAAUUAUUAUUAUAUUACCAUUAUUUUAUUAUAAUAUU